AUGGAAGAAGCGUGUACAUCAUCAGUAUUGAAUUUAUCUGUGUCCUCAAUGUACCUUUUAUGUGGUCAACCGGUAGCUGUCGAUUUGGUCAAUAAUAAAACUGUGUGUGGGAAUAUAUUCACGUUUGAUCCGAUCACUCACUCAGUUGUAAUUAUUGCUUUCGCAUGUAACGCAGAACCAAAGACAGUGAGAGUUGUUCCUGGUGCUUCGAUAAAACAUUUGAGAAAAUUGGAUGAUGACCAUUUACCGGAUGGAUGCAUUAAAAAAACGCCGGAACUGGAAUGUUGGCUUGGAAAGUUGUUGAGAGGUGCACCGCAAUCAUCCAAACAACAAGUUGCGGAGAGACGAAAAAGAUUGAUUGAAUGGUUGGAACAGAACCAAAUUCGAGUGAAAAGCAAUAAUGACGGAUCAAUUACUGUAUUUGAUGCUGUACGAAUCGUCGCACCUUUUACUGCAGACGAUUGUUUUUGUGAUAAUACUAUCAUUUUAUCGAGAAUGAAAAGACUGAUUUCAAAAGUCCCCGAAAUGAGCUGUUCAUUGGAAAUUAAUCCAUCUGUAUAG